AUGGCUGCCAACCAGCUAACAGACGACAGCGGGCGGGCCGCGACGCUCGACAGCCCGAGCGGCUGCCCGCCGCAGCUGCCCCCGGCGUGCCCCGCUCGCCGGCCGGCGGCGCAGGGACAGUGCGGGACGGCGGGGCAGCCGCCGCCACCGCAGCAGCAGCUAGCGACCUCAUAUAUUGAACCUCAGAGCACCAGAGCGACCUCAGCCAGUACCUCAGCCCCGCUCAGCGUCAGCGUCAGCGUCGAAGAGGCGCGGCCCGACGAGCCGGUCACCUGCGGCGAGUGCCUCGAGCAGUUCGCCGACCUGCAGCUGUACCUCGAGCACGCGUGCGAGAGCGGCGCCCCCGCGUGGCCCGACGACGAAGCGUCGGCGGCGAACAGCGACAAUGACAGCCUCCUCAGUGACGUCGAGACGUUCGAGGGCAAGAUCGUCUACCAGCCGGACGGCUCGGCGUACAUCAUCGAGCCGGGCGACUCCGAGUUCAGCAACGCGAGCACGUCCAGCCUCGACAUUCCGACGCAAGAGGGCGCCAUCAUCGACAAGCGCGACGCGGUCGUCAGCAGCGCGCUACCUCAGAUCGUCAAUGCAUUCCACGUGUCGUGGAACACGGUCAUGUACGACCCGGCGCUGUACGGGCGCGGCCGCGCCGGCGACGCCCCCGAGAAGAAGCGCUUCACCGAAGCGCCGGUCAUGCACAGCUACCGCGUCUACGACUCGUUUGUCGCGCACGCCAUCGGCGAGCACGGCGUUCGCAUGUCCGCCGAGGAGCAGUGCAUUAUGGACCGCGAGAACUCCUCGGCGAUCAUCCAGGGCCUCGGCGUCGAUAAGGAGCCGCUGCUCUCCUUCCUCGAGCCCAACCUGCCUAACCGCACGUACGGCGGCGGCGGGAGCAGCGCGGGGAAACCCGCCGCGAAUCUGUCAGUAUUACCGGCGGCGACGACGACGACGACGCUUUCAGGCGCGGCGUCGGGCGCGGUCGCCGCCAGCGCCACCUACGCAUACGUCCCCGUGUCGCCGGACGCGGACGGGAAGACCGCACCGCCGCAGGGUGAGGGCGCCACCGGGCAUUUCACCGUGCCGGACUCGCCGCGGCCGAAACAAGUGGACGUCUUCAACGACGACAGCGACAGCUCUCAGGCGGUCGCCGCGACGACGCCGGAUCUGAUCGAUGGCGGAGGCGGCGGCGGCGGCCGGGGGGCGGCGGCGUCGCCGGGCCGCGCGGCGGGCGGCCCGUGGUCUACGUCGCGCCCCGGCUCGAGUCCGAGCGAAUCCGGCUCGUCGCACAGCGACGCGAUGGACCUCGUCGCCCGCGGUUACCUCUCGCCACUGGUUGCCGGGGGCAACCCGUUCCCGCUCUGCCCGCAGCAUCCCGACGGGAAGGGCGGCAGCGAGUGCGGGAAGUGCGAGGCGUUGCUCGGCGCUGCGGCGGCAGCGGCGGCGGCGGCGGCGGCGGCGGCGUCGCAUUCGCUCGGCGGUCACAUCAACCUGAUGCACUCGCGCAACUCGUGCAAGACGCUCAAGUGCCCCAAGUGCAACUGGCACUACAAGUACCAGGAGACUCUCGAGAUCCACAUGAAGGAGAAGCACCCGGAGAGCGAGACGACGUGCCUGUACUGCCUCGCCGGGCAGCCUCACCCGCGACUCGCGCGCGGCGAGACGUACAACUGCGGCUACAAGCCGUACCGCUGCGACGUCUGCAACUACUCGACGACGACCAAGGGCAACCUCAGCAUCCACAUGCAAUCCGACAAGCAUCUGAACAACCUCAACGACCUUCACAACGGGGACGCGCGCGCGCCGCAACCGGCCGACAUGUUUACCCCGCCCGACGUCGCCGCCGCCGCCGCCGCCGCCGCCGCGCCGCAGCCCCGCCUCCUGCCGAGUCUCGGAGCGCCGCCCCCUGGUGACGGUAAGGGGAAACCGACAUGGCGCUGCGACGUUUGCGCGUACGAGACGAGCGUCGCGCGCAAUCUUCACAUUCACAUGACGAGCGAGAAGCACGCGCACAACAUGCUCGCGCUGCAGCAUAGUGCCAAGCAGCUACAGCGCGACAUGCACUACCAGCACAGCGAGCAGCUGCGGCACCUCCACGCCGCGCUCGGGCUCCCGACGCCCCCUCCCCCCGACCUCAUCCCCCCGCCGCCCCCCGACCCACGCUUCAACCCCGCCAUGCUCAUGCACGGGUUUGGCGGCAUGGAAGCGGCGGCGGCGGCGGCGGCGGCUGCGGCGGCGAUGGAUAAGCCGCUGGAUGUCGUUGCCGUCGACAACGUGAAGAUGUUCCAGUGUUGCAUCUGCAACGUGUAUUCGACGGAGAGCCUGGAUGCACUCCACCAACACAUGCAGACGGACCGCACGAAGGAAGGAGGCCUCGAAGUCGCCGUCGUCGUCGGCGCCACCUACAUGUGCAAGCUCUGUCAGUACAAGACGAACCUGAAGGCGAACUUCCAGCUGCACUGCAAGACGGACAAGCAUCUUCAGAAGCUGCAGCUGAUCAACCACAUCCGCGAGGGCGGCCCGCGCAACGAGUGGCGCCUGAAGUACCUUACGAUGACCAACCCCGUGCAGGUUCGCUGCAACGCGUGCGACUUCCAAUCGAACAGCGUGCACAAGUUCCAGCUCCACGUCGGAAGUCAGAUGCACGAGUUGAACGGUCGGCUGUUCUUGCACCUUCAGGCGAGCGAGGCGGCGACGGCUGCGCGCCGCUACUACCACUGCGCGCUCUGCAACUUCAACUCUCGCUCGCGCUCCAACAUGAUCCAGCAUGUGAAGUCCGUGAAGCACCUGCGCAGUGAGGCGCUCCGGCAGCAGCAGCAGCUGGGGUUGCUGCCCGAGGAGGUUACCGACGUGCUGACGGUGAAGGAGUACCGCGACGGCGACAAGGUCAACUUUGACGACCACG